UGUUGCUCUCCCAUAUAAUGAAUAACGUCAUCACUACUGCUGUACAAGUACGCAGAAGUUGUCCAGUUGCUGUUGUAGUGUAAUUGUCGAGGUGUUUUGCUUUUCCACAAUGAGUAAAGCUGUGCUGUUCGGCUUGUGGGGCGGUGUUGUAACUGCUCACCCGCUCCAGCCUUUUCACAAAUUCGAAACAUGUUCAAACAUUCCAAGGGAUUUAAUAUCGAACGCGAGUGACAAAGGAUGCGGUGAGAAUGCUCUGGUUCGUGCUGAACGAGGGAUAAUCACCCUUUCUCAGAUGUUUGCAGAGCUGGAAACUGAGUGUGGAAAAGAGGCAGUCAGUCAGUCAGAGCCCAAGUCUCUGCCUGCACCAUUUUCAGCCCAGAAACUCUCUGGGGAGAGGGGAGGUGGGAUAAGGAAGGUGGAGAUUAGUACAAAUGUGCUUGAUACUGCUGCCACCCUGAAGAGAAAUGGCAUAAAAACUGGUAUCGUGGCCAAUAUCUGGGUUGAUGACUCUCCUCAGAGGGACAGUGUUGCUAAGAUGCUCUCAGUGCUGGAAAGCUGUUUUGACGUGGUAGUACAGUCUUGCCACAUUGGGUCAAGGCUUCCUGAACCUGAGAUAUUCCACACUGCCUUGGCUGAAUUGAAUGUUAAACCCCAUGAGUCUAUCUGGUUGGAUGUUAAUGAAAAGAGUGUUCAGGCAGCUGAAAGCUUGGGCAUGAAAGCUGUUAAGAUUACUGGCAUCAGUGAAGCACUGAUGGAAAUAGAGAAAUUUACAGAGAUAAAGGUUACCACUGAGCAACAGCCUCUCUGCUGUAAUCCUGAAGAGAUCAGCCAUGGAUAUGUCACUAUUAAGCCUGGGGUGAAGAUUCAUUUUGUGGAGAUGGGGGAUGGGCCUCCAGUCCUGCUCUGUCAUGGAUUCCCAGAAAGCUGGUUUUCUUGGAGAUACCAGAUUCCUGCCUUGGCUAAUGCUGGAUUCAAGGCUAUUGCUAUAGACCUAAAAGGUUUUGGUGACUCGAGUACUCCAGCAGAUAUUGCUGAGUAUUCUCAAGAAAAUAUUUUACGGGAGUUGGUGACCUUUCUGGAUAGGUUGGGCCUUGCACAGGUUACUGUGGUGGGUCAUGACUGGGGUGGUGUUAUUGCAUGGAACAUGGCUUUGUAUUACCCAGAGAGACUGAGGGCUGUGGCUUCUCUCAACACUCCUCUUUUCCCUGUGGAUCCAAACAAAAACCCAAUGCAGACACUUAAGUCUAUACCAGUCUUUGAAUAUCAAAUCUACUUCCAGGAGCCUGGUGUAGCGGAGGCUGAGCUGGAGAAGAACCUGGAGAGAACUUUCAAACUGCUGUUCACUGCUAGUUAUGAGAAUGAUACACAUCCUCAAGUGGAUUUGACUGGAGUCAUUAAGAGAGGUGGUCUGUUUGUUGGAAUGCCUGAAGAAGUUCCCAGAAGUGCUAUCCUAAGUGAGGCAGAGCUGCAGUACUACAUCCAGCAGUACAGGAAGAGUGGUUUCAGGGGGCCUCUGAAUUUGUAUCGGAAUGGAGAGAGGAACUGGCGCUGGAUGUGUUCGAGGCCAAGGGGCAAGAUCCUGAUGCCAGCUUUGAUGGUGACUGCAGGGAAGGACAAGGUGCUUCUGCCCAUUUUUUCCACUGGCAUGGAGAAAAUAAUUCCCAAUUUAUCAAGGGCUCAUCUUGAGAACUGUGGACACUGGACUCAGAUGGAGAGACCAGCUGAGACCAACAAAAUUCUGAUCUCCUGGCUGAAAGAGAUACACCAGGAAAACUCCAUUCCUUUCUAUCCAAAGCUAUAAGAUUAUUAUAAAACCAUUGCUCAAGAAUGCAAGCUUAGAGACUGGACACCUACAACUGGGAAUUUUUUAAAAUCCUUUUUACUGUACUAUGCCUUGCAUAUUUGUUAUCAUAUUAUAUUUCUAAAAUCUGCAUUAGUGCUUUAGAAAACAUUCUUUAUUAAAUGCUUUAUACAUAAUUAAACAAUAAAUGGCUGUGUAUUUGUAAUAAACAGCAUCUUCACCA